CAGAUCACAGCAGCGUGGCUCUGCUGACGGAAACGUCACUCCGUAUUAAGUUCUCGUUUUCCUUGUACCGUGUUAGUGGUUCGUAGAAAGGUGGACAAUCUACGUUUGGCGAGUAGCCUUAAAAAACGAUUUAUUAAUUCGCUGACUAUAAACAACCAGAGGACUUAAGGAUUCUAAUAACUACUGCUUGCCCGUAUCGACUGAGACUCGACAAAGAAGUAACAGCAUUGCAAAUAACAUUUUAAUUCUGCUAUGUUGAUUGAAAAAAAUCUUUAGUUGGCUAUGGGUCUGUGGGAAAAGUUGACGACGCUGUUUGGAAAAAAGAAAGAGGUGAAUGUUCUCGUCGUUGGACUGAACAAUAGCGGCAAGUCAACCGUAAUCAACCAUUUCAAGAAUGAAGAAGACAGAGCCAUGGAAAUUGUACCUACAGUGGGAUUCAACAUAGAGAAAUUUCAAAACCAGAACGUGGCCUUCACGGCAGUGGACAUGUCGGGGCACGGCCGGUACCGCGACCUGUGGGAGCACUACUACAAGGACUGCCACGGCGUCAUCUUCGUGGUGGACAGCAGCGACCGGCUGCGGCUGGUGGUGGUGCGCGAGGAGCUGGACCUGCUGCUGCAGCACCCGGACGUCGUGGGCCGCCGCCUGCCCAUCCUCUUCUUCGCCAACAAGACUGACGUGCGCGAGGCCCUCUCCAGCGUCAAGAUCGCCAUCGCCCUCGGUCUCGAGCGCAUCCUGGACAAGCCGUGGCACAUCUGUGCCAGCAACGCCCUCACCGGCGAGGGGCUGCAGGAGGGCGUCGAGUGGCUGACGAAGCAGGUCAGGGAGGUGGUCGAGAGCAAGUCGUGAACGAAGGUUCCACUGUCACAGUCUUCACAUUCCGUCCAG